AUGUUCAAGAAAUUCGACGGAAACGAUGAUAUAACUGGUGGGGCGACUCAAUUGAAGACAAGUGUGCAACGGGGGAUUCGGACGAAACUUUUGGAGCAGUUUCCACACUUGGAAUCACACAUGGAGCAAAUCUUUCCAAAAAAGGAGAAUUUGAAGACGAUUCGCUGCAAGGAUCACAUUGACUUAGUACAAGCAUACGAUGGAUUUGUCUACUUUAUCAAGACACGAGAUGGUCUUUUUGUGCCCACGUUACGCCUCCUCCAUAAAUAUCCAUUUAUCCUACCACAUCAACAAGUUGAUAAGGGUGCGAUCAAGUUCGUGCUGAAUGGAUCACACAUUAUGUGCCCAGGUUUGACAAGUCCGGGAGCGAAACUUCUCGACAAUGUUUCAAAAGGGCAGAUUGUUGCGGUGAUGGCUGAGGGGAAAGAGCACGCAUUGGCCGUCGGUUUGAUGACUUUAUCAAGCGAGGAGAUCAAAAAGGUAAACAAAGGAACGGGCAUCGAGAAUAUCCAUUAUCUCAACGAUGGAAUGUGGCAUGUUACAUCUAAACCGAUCGCC